AUGCCCAGAAAUGUCUUAAAACCCCACUGGUUUAUAAACCACCGACUCCAACCCAUUCUCCAGAGUACUAUGAAGCGCUGGACACCUUAUUCCAAAGUUUUUACAGCCAUUCUUCUCAUGGUGGUAAUACUGGAGUCUACGGCGGCAACCAUGGGGUUUACGCAGGAAGUCACGGUACCCAUGGAGUACCAGGUUAUAGUUAUCACUAUCCAGAUACCAGUUCAUCAAACUGUCAGUAUUCCUAUGGGAAGAAGUGGGGUGGGAAUAGUAAGCCAUGCUAUCAGUAUGUGUAUACUACUGGUAAUGGGUAUCAAACUUACAGUUCUGGACUCCAGGGAUAUUCAAGCUAUGGGCUCAAGAAGGGGAAUAUUUAUGCGCUGA